AUGGACGCGCAAACUCCUCCAACGGCGCUUUCUCACCGGUUCACACUCGAACUCGAAUUCGUGCUAUGCCUAUCAAACCCCCUCUACCUCCAAUAUCUGGCCUUGAAUUUUCCUCACCUAUUGAACAAGCCAGCAACGUCACAGAAUGCGAUUGAGCCUGACGAUUCGGACGCAGCUCGAUUCGCCAGAUAUCUCAACUAUCUUUACAAUUAUUGGCGCACCCCGGAGUAUGCCAAGUAUCUCACUCAUCCGGGAGCCACGCUUCGGAAUCUCGAAUUGCUCCAGCAAGAGCAGUUUCGAAAGGACAUCAUACGUCCGGAUGUCAUUGCAAAACUCUUUGAGACGGAUGUUGCGCAGAAGGACACACCAGAUGUGACCGACGGAAGAGAUUCGUCCGCGCAGCAAGUCUCUGGAGAAGCUGGACAUUAG